UAUAGCGUUUUGGAGUUCCCCAAAGUUCGAUAAUGAUUCCCGUUUGAUGAUGCCACGAAUAUAAACAAAUGUCGAUGAAAUAGGACUGGAUAUGUCUGAAUAUCCUCAAGAUGAAUACUAUAUACUUCUUACUACAAAGAUAGGAAAAAAGAAGGAGUCAGGAAUUCUUAGAAAAUCAUAUUCUCGUGUGGAAGUCCUAGCUGGCACACUUCUGCUUAGAGUAAGCGAUAGUGAGAGGGACGAAAAUGGCAUUGCAAUUUGGACCCUAGAAACAUUAGAACCGGAAAACAUCGAAGUAGAAUGUAAACCAGUAUUCGAUGAAAUAAAACAAAUUGAUAGAUUGGAACUACAAUUAUUACAGCCCAUCCCAGUAUGUAGUGAAAGGAUUGCAGUUUACAUGAACAGUAAUUGGCUUCAAGAGGGCCUCAAUUUAAAGGUUGGAGAUGGAGUUAUUGUUUAUUUAAAAGGUCACCCUGAGUUACAGGGCCUUCUCAGGUAUAGAGGAGAGCUACCAGGACAAAAAGGAAUCCAAUUUGGAGUCGAAUUAGCUCCGGAACAUAGAGGUAAAGGUACUUGUGAUGGAGUGUUCCGUAAGAAACGGUUCUUCACUUGUGAACCAAACUGUGGUGUGUUCGUACCUCUACAUAAGAUCCGAGCUGACCCAACAUCUAGACAUGCUGUAAAUACAGCUACUGCAAGUUUACGACAGGAAAUAGCCGAAUGUGGUCUAAGGAUCGGUAACCAGAUUGUCUGGCUGAGUGACAAUGGACCUGAGUAUGGAGAGGUCAAGUGGGUUGGAGUAUUACCAGACUCACGCAGGAAUGAUAUUACUGUUGGAGUGGAAUUCGUAAACCCUGUUGGUUCAGGUACAGGGAAAUAUAAGAGUCACAGACUGUUCCACGCUAAACCACAGCAUGCUUCCCUGGUACCAAUCAUGGGACUUAUGAAAGCAGAAGAGUAUCUGGCCAUGCAGGCCCCAACUGCAGACACUUUUGCUUAUGGCUCACCACAACCAGAAGUGGUGGCGUUACCCCCGGAAGACAUAAAAGUUCCAGAGACAAUUGAGAGAGUUAUACCUAACUCACAACAAGUAGAAGUAGAAGUUCACACAUCCAACAGACCUCAGUUUGUCUCACCAGUCAAACCAAUACCACAAAAGGCGUAUAUUGAAGAAUCCAGAGAACCUAGCAUGAACCCAUUAUAUGAGUAUCAAAUAAAUCAAAAAUUGAAGAAGGAACAAUCUCAACAGAGCCUACAGUCUUCUGAGCCCGGGAGUCAGUCUAUUGAACCUCCAGGGACUCGUAAAAGUAUGAAGUCCAUUCCUCCUGCUGAUCCCGAUCUAGAAGUGGGGUCUAUGGUUGAAGUCAUGCAGAAUCCUCCUUUAUAUGGGGUCAUCAGGUGGGUUGGUUCCCUGCCAGACCAGAAGGAACCAACAAGGCCAAUUGCUGGCUUAGAAAUGGAGGAGGAGAUAUCCGCGGGUACAGAUGGAACAUUUAAGAAAAUUCGUUAUUUCUCGUGUCCAGAUAAAAAAGGAUUUUUUGUACCUCUUUAUAAGUGUCGUAAAGAUAAACGUUUUGUUGAUCAGCAUGGAAGAGGAGCUUUAGGAAAUAAUUUUGGAAGUUUUGAAACUCCUGACGUUCAUGGAAAUAUUUCUCCUCCAGAUUCUUUAAGUGAAAGUGAAAUCGGAAGAAAAAUUUGUGGUAAACAAAAAGGAAUUCAAGGUCACCAUAACUCUUGUUAUUUAGACGCUACUUUGUUUGCAAUGUUUUAUUUUACAACUGUAUAUGAUGGAAUAUUAUAUAGACCUAAACGUUUAGAUGACCAUCAAGAAUAUGAGGAAGUUAUUAAUGUUCUGAAAGAAGGAAUAGUCAAUCCUUUAAGAUGUCAUUUCUAUGUACGAGCGGAUAAAGUGAUGAAACUACGCCACCUAUUGGAUAAACUUGGCAAUAUACCAGGGAUGAUGAGUGAAGAAAAAGAUCCAGAAGAGUUUCUAUCAUUAUUAUUAGGACAAAUAACCAAAGCAGAUCCAUUCCUUCAAAUCAAAGCUGAGAAUGCUGAAGAAAGCCAACAAUCGUUUUUAUUCCAAUUAUUUAUGGAGAAAGAUGAGAGAUUAGUAUUACCCACAACACAACAGUUAUUUGAAUUAUCUUUCUUACAAAACAGACUGAAAUUACAAGAGCGACCAUCCUGUCUCAUCAUACAGAUGCCAAGAUUUGGUAAAGAUUUUAAGAUGUAUAAAAGAAUAGUCCCCAGUGUAGAAUUAGAUAUUACUGAUGUAUUAGAAAAAGCUCCCCGAGAGUGUAAUAUAUGUGGAGAUUUAGCGUGUUUUGAAUGCAGAGAAUGUUAUAAUACCCAUGGUGAUGGUCUGAAUACCAUAGCUUUUUGUAAACCAUGUAAAGAUAGGAAUCAUUUACACAAACUACGAGCUCGGCAUCAACCCCAGAAAAUAUGUGUUCCUGAAGAAUACUUAGAGUAUCAUAGUCAUCAGAAAAACAUUACAGGACAAAAUCCAUCAAUUAGUCGGGACAAAAUGGAACUGUUUGCUGUUGUUUGUAUACAAACCAGUCAUUAUGUGUCAUUCGUCAAAUGUGGACCGGGAAAAGAUGCACCCUGGGUAUUUUUUGAUUCCAUGGCUGAUAGAAUGGGAGAGCAAAGUGGCUACAACAUUCCAGAGGUCCAGUUCUGUCCUGAUUUAAAUAAGUGGUUGUCACCUGAAUAUAACAAAGAGAUAAUAAAACGUGAAGACGACAAAGAUUUACCGGAGAACAUUAAACGUUUGCUAUGUGAUGCCUACAUGUGCAUGUAUCAAUAUAGUGAUGUAGCCAUGUUUAAAUAAUGUUGUGAAAAUAUCCCGCAAUUUUUCGUCACAGAUAUUUAGAAAACUGUCCAAAAGUAAAAGAAAAUUCAAAAUGUGUGAAUUUUUCAUCAAUAUUUAGACUUCUGAAAAGAAAAAAACUUUGACAGAUAAUUUUCUUUGACAUUUAAACUUCAAAAUUUGUUAAAAGAAAUGAGAGAACAAUUGAGUAUAACUUAUAAGUAAGUUGUUUAAACUGGAGUAUUUUCACAAAAUUUGUUCAAGUCUUUCAAAAAUAACACAAUCAUAAUCAUUCCAACAGUUUGGUCUAAAGCUGUCAAACAUUGAUAGUUAAUAUGAAGGUGAAGACACACCCAUAGCCAUGGGAGUUUGAGAGGUUCAAAUGAACCCUGCCCCCUUUAAAACAAAUCAGCACUUUUAAAGUUGACAUUCUCUCUGUUCGAAUUGUAACUGUUAAAGUUGAGUAUACUUGUAUUGAAAUUCCUGGCCAUGACCUGGAAGCUUUAUGCUAAAAAUAAAUUGAUUAACAAGGUUUUAAAAGUCAGUAAAAAACGUUGCAAUAGUUUUGGAAUGAUUUUGUAGACAGCUACGUCUACUCUUGACUGGAAUUUAUUAAUGUAACAUUUGUUUAACCUUUUCAUAUUUAUGAAGUUGAAUAGAUAAUUAAGCAUUUUCACACAAGCUUGAACAAAAAAUCUGCAUAGAACUAACUUACUCAGAACAAACUGUAGUUAACACUUACAAAACAUACACAGCCCUUCAAUAAGUUUAAAAUCUAUAGUGGAACCUCUAUUGACAAUAAGUGGAUGUCAGACUCAGUCCUUCAGUUGGGAUAAAAUAUAAAGUGGAACCUCUUUUCUCAAUAAUUAGAGGACAGACACAGCCCUUCUAUUAGGUUAUAAUCUAUAGUGGAACCUCUAUUGACAAUAUUUGGAGGACAAACACAUCCUUCUUUUGGGGUAUAAACUACAGUGUAACCUCUAUUGCCAAUAAUUGGAGGACAGACACAGCCCUUCUAUUAGGCUAUAAUUAAUAGUGGAACCCCUAUUGACAAUAUUUGGAGGACAAGCACAUCCUUCUUUUGGGGUAUAAACUUAAGUGUAACCUCUAUUGACAAUAUUUGGAGGACAGACACAGCCCUUCGAUAAUGUUAUAAUCUAUAGUGGAACCUCUAUUGACCAUUAUUGGAGGACAAGCACAGCCCUACUAUUUGGUUAUAAUUUAUAGCAUAACCUCUAUUCACAAUUUUUGGAAGACAGACACAGCCCUUCUAUAGGGAUAUAAUCUAUUGUGUAACCUGUAUUCACAAUAAUUGAAAGGAAUCUCAUAUUUUUUUAUUCUCUUUAAAAUAAUUUGAAAGGAAGCAAGAAGAUUUUUUUUACCUCAGCAAAAGAUUAAUUAAAAGGCCAUUGUGAACUUAAACAACAUCUUUGAUAUGUAUGUUUGAUAAAGGCAAUAUUGCAUUUUACCAGUAAUUAAGGCUUUAUUAAUUUUCGAAGUUUACUAAAUGGGGGUUGAUUAAUUGGGUUUAGGCCUGGGUGAACCAUGAAUUUUAAUGUUUAACAUAAUAUUAUUUUUCAAAUCCACACAUGGAAGAAAAAAAACCGACACUACAAGGUCACAAUUUAUAAUAUUCUUUUUACUUAUAUUUUUCUUUUAUGAGAGAUUGGAGGAAAACAGACCAUGCCACAUUAAAAUUUAUUUGAAAUAAUUAACUAUCAUUAUGUGUAUUAAGAAUUUUGACAUUUGUUCUUUUUAUGUAAAAAGUUAUAAAAGCUAUCAUUUUUUUUUUCAACAAUGGAAAACAUAUGUACUAAAGAACUUAAAAGAAAUAUUAUACUUAGUUUUAACAUCAAAAUAUCAAAAGAAGGAAUCCUGCAUUAGUAAAUGUUUACAAUGUCAACAGUAGAACAUUGUCUGUAGCAGUUAGUAUGACUAAAUUAUAUGUAGUCUUUCAUGAUAUCAAGUCACACUGUUCAAUAAUUUGGAUUGUUUUAAAAAAACAAGAUUUCUGCUCUCGUUGAAUCUAAAAUUAUCAUGUUUUGUAUUGUUUUAUUUUUCACUGAAUCU